CAUAGAGAAUUUAAAAGGCCCGUGGACAAGGUGAAGUGGCAGAAACAGGAAGGUAAAGAGAGAAGAGAAACGGACACCAUGAAGCUGCAAACGGCCUUUCUGUUGAUUUGUGUCUUAAGGACAAGUUUUGCUUUGCCAGUGCAAAUUGGAAUUAUUGCAAGCAAUAGCAAUGAGAUCCUAAGACUCAAUGGAUUAACUCUUGCAGCUCUUGGACAAACUCAGGCCUCCUCACUAUUACCCCAGUAUGUUCUGCAGCAGCAGCAGCCUGAGGUAUUGCUCACCCCACAGGUGGUAAAUCUGAACCCUCAAGUGGCGGGUCCUUUUGGUCCCCAGGGCCCACAACUGUUGCUCCCUAGCCAGGGCAACCAGCUUCCUCCUGUGUUUUUUCCCAACGGACAGCAAGAGCAACUUGGACAACAACAGGAUCCCAACAAUCCUAAUGUCCUGCAGGAUGCUACAUACCCCAUGCAGAUGUAUCCAAACCUUAUGUAUCAGCUUCUGGGAUUUCAACAGCUUCAAAGGCAGCAGGGAUCCCCUUAUUUUGUAUCACCUUAUGGCUAUCCCCAGCAGAGGAAUACUGCAGUGCUGCAACCCAACAAUGGACAGCAGAACCCGCAGAGAACCACACAGAAACCACAGCUCCCACUGCAGCAGGGUUUCAAGCCAAAGCUGCAGACGGAGACAUGGCCAGCUGGCACACAGAGAGAGUCUACUACAAUUCCUCCAGAUCCUCGUGGUGACACAACUGGUCCUGGGAAUGAUGAGGGUAACCCCAACUUCCCUUUCCUGUUUGAGCCUUAGAUGUCACCCAAGAAACAAAAGCAUCCAUAGGAGUGUGUUGGCCAUACACUGAAUCUUGUGCUUUGUUUUUACAUGUUCAAUAAAGAAUUCAGA